UUAGCUGUUCAACUUCAAGUUUCACUCUGACUAUUAAAAGUUACAAUUGUAGUUCUUUUUCCCAAGCUAGGUUGGCCGGCCUGUCAUAGUGUAUUACUGUGGAAAGGACAACGAGUAAACUGGCGGAGUUUGUAGGCACCAUGGCCGUGGAAGGCGGCGCCAUGACUGGCAUGAGCCUUCUUCGCGAUCCCGAUUCUGAAUCGUCUGAGGAGAGUGAAAUUGACGAAGUGGAGUUGCUGACAGAGGCCAACCGCGAUGAGCUCACCAGUCAGCUUGCUUCAGCUGGGACCGUGGGAAUGGCCGCCGCCGCCGCCGUCACAACUGUCAGGAAACGGGGCCGCAGCAAGUGGGACUUUGAAACGAAUCCGGCAGUGAGAAAGAGACAACAAACGAGAUUGCUACGUCGAUUGCGUAGCACACUGGACGAAAUGCAGGCGCGUGUCGGGCAACAGUGUGUUGUGCUUGCAGCUUCUCCAGGAAAGGCGAUAAGUGCAAAUACAUUUCAGUGCUUUGGUGCCUCUCCACUGGAGAAUGUUAUUCGUAGUCACCAAGAGGGUAUCAUGAGAGAUUUAGAGAAUUCCCUGGAACGACAUGUUGCCACAGAGCAGCCACCGGACCCGGAUAAACACGAACUACCACCACUAGUUAUCGAUGGGAUCCCCACACCGCUGAACAAGAUGACACAGGCACAGUUACGCGCGUUCAUUCCGCUCAUGCUGAAGUACUCCACUGGGCGACCGAAACCUGGCUGGGGAAAGGAUGACAUGAGGCCAGUGUGGUGGCCCGAUGGUUUGCCGUGGCAAAACGUACGUGCAGACAUGCGCUCGGACAACGAAAAGCAACAGACCCAGUGGACUGAAGCCCUGCGACAGAUAGUGCGGAACUGCUAUACGCAUCACAAUCGCCUCGAUCUGCUCCUGGAGACUGCGGAAGAUCCACUGGAUCAGCUGAGAGCAGAGCACCACGGGGAACUGGAUUUGCAGCAGAUUCCAGGACUUCCGGAACAGACUCAGGUCAUACUAGACUUAGCACAGCAUCCCCAACUGAUCCAACACAUUCAGGCAGCCGAUGGUACUGCCAUGUUGCUUCCACAGUACCUGGAUGGCGGUCAGAUGGUGAUCAGCCUGGCUACAGACCCCAGCCAAGUCGGCGUGGACCCCCAAGUUGUGACAGGAUGGUAGAUUUAAACAGCGCUUGAUCUGUAAGUACACUCUCUAGGUACUUGUAGACACUAGUUUGUGUUUUUAAUGCUGAAUUGUAACCUUGCUUACACAUCCUGCUUUGUACAUUUGCUAGCCUAUGAUGUAUUGUUGUUUCUCACGUAUUUGCUGUCGGACUUGGACAUAGAACAUAGCUCUUCCCAAUUCAAUUGCUACGUUGAA